AUGUAUGACGCUGAAAGCGAACGUACCGAAAGCGAAUCUGAAGAAUCAUACAAUUACCAUGUUCUAAAAAGUACUGUAUAUGUGCAUCCGAGUCAGAUAACUACCAUAGACACAGACCAGAGAACACCUGAUGGCAACCUGUUGAUGCCAAAAAUGGAAGAUAUACAGAAUGAAGACAUAGUAAUUGAGGCACCUGUAGAAACAGAAAAAGCUGUUCGUCAACCAGCCGAUGGACAAACCUUCAGUUUGUUGACAGACAUGAUGGGUCAAUUGAUGGGGUGUAUAGAAAGGAACUCGGAGGUGAUGCAGGUUGCCAUGGAAACCAUGGAUACACUGUCCCGGUCGUCAGCGAGAAACCCUGUCUCUGAUGAUGGAGAUCUUAUCAUUCCAGACUCAAAGAGAUCUGAUAAGGUGACUGUAGAGAUCAAGUGCACAUUCCUGAAGAUCACAGACAUUGACACCAUCGACCAGCAGUUUGAGGCUGAGAUUUUUGUGCAGGCCAAGUGGCAGGAACCCAUACUUGAACAAAACUACAUGGGAGACACACAGAAGAAUAAAGAAGGACUUGAUAAAAUGAUACCCUGGGAUCCGAAACUGAUUGUGAUGAACAUAGAUGGAGCGUUUGUGCUGAACAGGAAGACUUAUGACAUUCGCUACAAUGAGCCAGGCUACAGAUAUCCACUAGUCGUUCAGUUAUGGAGGUUUAAGGGAUUCUUCAAGGAAAAUCUUGAGUUGGAACACUUUCCAGUCGACGUUCAGGACCUGACCAUCUCAAUAUCAACUGAGCGGUCUGAUGCAGAAGUGGAUCUGGUGGAGGACCAAACAGCCGUCAGCUCCAUCAACACCAAGUCAUUUAUGGACCAGGCAGAGUGGAGCCUGUACAACCACAUAGAGACAUUCUGUGACUUCACCACUGUGGAGUACUGCAGCUCCACCGUCCACCCCAUACUUCAUGCACAGUGUCGUGUUGCCAGGAAGAUGGGAUACUUCAUCUGGAACAUAGUUUUUAUUAUGUUGCUGAUCAUCAGUCUGACAUUUGCGGCAUACUCGAUAGAAUUCAAGACAGCAGACCGACUGACAGUGACCAUCACCUUGUUCCUGACUGCAGUGGCCUUCAAGCUGGUCGUGAAACAGAGCCUGCCCACCAUCUCUUAUCUCACAUAUCUGGAUGUGUAUGUGAUAUCAGCCCUGAUCUUCCUAGGCCUGCAGGCAGCCCAGAAUGCUUCAAUGACGGCCAUGUCUCACUUUAUGGCCCAGGCGGAGGUGCAGUACUUUGACAAGUGGUCCAUGGUCAGCAUGGCGUUUCUGCUCGUCAUGUUCCAUGUCCUCUUUGCUGUCUUCAUCUAUAGAACUGCAUCAAAGAGGAGAAGAGUGAUGAAAGAAAAGGACAGAAUGUAUGCUGCUAAGAGAGACUUUCUGGAAAAGUUUGGGGAACUACCGCCACGAUAUGAUAAAAAUGUCUCCGACAGAGACUUCUUCGAUAACUUCAUCCCAGGACGUUCACUCAGCAAGUCAGCCCUGCCAAAAUAACCUA